UCAUGCAUUUGUUUCUAGGGAGUGAAGUCAGACAAUACCAAAACACAGAUGACGCUUGAUAGACAACCACAAAUCAAUGAAUGUCUGCCUGAUGACUGUGCAUUCAUGGUACUGCAUUGAGUAUUGAACACUAACCUGAGGAGAAAGUGAGGGAUCAACAAACCUUCAUCAUGCAACAGAAAGUAUUGGCAGGCCUGGAAAUGAAUUCAACUGACUGUCCUCCCAUUGAUGAAUACAUAAAAAGUUAUUAUCUGCCAGUGAUGUAUGGCAUCAUUUCUGUAGUUGGAUUUGUGGGAAACUUCCUGGCAGUCAUCAUUUACCUGGCAAAGCUCCGACCAUGGAAGAGCAGCAGCAUUAUAAUGGUGAACUUGGCAGUAGCUGAUCUGCUGUAUGCUUUGAGUUUACCUAUGCUGGUCCAAUUUUACAUUACCAGAAACUGGACUUUGGGGGAGUUCAUGUGUCGUUUCAUUCGCUUCUGCUUCUACUACAACCUCUACGGCAGCAUCCUCUUCCUCACCUGCCUCAGCAUCUUCCGUUACGUCGCAGUGGUGCAUCCGCUGAAGGCUGCUGAGAUCCGGAGGAAAAGAUGGGGCAUCUUGGCUUGUCUGACCGUCUGGGCCAUUUCGCUAGUGGAGAUCGCCCCAAUGCUGGGGAUGAUUACUAUACUGCAAAAGGACAACAUGACACAAUGCGUUGACUUCGCCAGUAAUGAUCCACUGGUGGUGUGGUGGUACGGUUGGAUACUCACCGUGUUUGGAUAUAUAUUGCCAUUGCUGGUGGUGUGCUGGAGCUACACUCGCAUUGCAGGUGCUCUGGGGAGCAGCAUAUCCAGAAACAGGCCGAGUCGUUCUCGAGUUCGCAUGCUUUCCAUUUUGACUCUAGUGGUGUUUGUGGUGUGCUUCUUGCCAUUUCAUAUCAUGCGUGUACUGAGAGUGGAUAGCCUGCGCGGCGCUGGUGUGCCGUGCAUGCAGAGGAGAGGCAUCCAUGCAGCCUACAUCUUAUCACGACCCCUGGCGGGCCUCAACACCUUCUUCAACCUAGCGCUUUAUACACUGGCUGGAGACAAGUUUCAACAGGCUUUCUGGAGCUUUGUGCACAGGAGGGAACGUACGAGCAGCACCAUAUCUGUGAUCCACACACCAAACAAUACGUCAAAGACAGACCUCUUGAGGAUCUGAUACAUUGUGUGAAUAUAUGUUUGUGUGUGUUUGUAUAUACAUAUAUAUAUAUAUAUAUAUAUAUAUAUAUACACACACACACACACACACACACACACUACAUUUCAAAAGUUUGGGAUCAGUGAUAUUUUUUUAAUGUUUUUGUACCAAAAGUAGUCUCUUAUGUUCAACAAGGUGCCAUUUAUUUGAUUAAAAAAAAAAAAAAAAAACCCAGUAAAAAAUAAUGUGUAAUAUUAUCACAAUCUAAAAUAUAUUUUAAAAUGUAAUGUGUUCCUGUGAUGGUAAAGCUGUAUUUUCCAUUACGUCCAGUGUCACAUGUUCCUUCAGAAAUCAUUCUAAUAUGCUGAUUUGAUUAAGAUACCUUUCUUAUGCUGCUUAAUAUUUUUUGUUAAAAUUAUACAUUUUUUCAAGAUUCUUUAAAAAACAGACAGUUCAAAACAAUAUUUAUUUUAAAA